CACCCUGAUGCAGACCUUCGUCUUCGGCAAGGUCGUCUGCAAGGCCGUGGCCUACCUCAUGGGCAUGUCGGUCAGCGUCUCCACCUUCAGCCUGGUGGCCAUCUCCAUCGAGCGCUACAACGCCAUUUGCAACCCGCUGCAGUCCCGCGUGUGGCAGACGCGCUCUCACGCCUACCGGGUCAUCGUGGCCACGUGGCUGCUCUCGGCCCUCCUCAUGCUGCCCUACCCGAUCUACAGCACCACGACCGCCGCGGCUGCCCACCCCGGCAUCUACCACUGCCAACACAACUGGCCGGGGAGCUAUGUCAGUCAGGCCUGGUACGUGCUGCUCUUGGUCACGCUCUUCUUCAUCCCCGGGCUGGUGAUGACCGUGGCCUACGGGCUGAUCUCCUGGGAGCUCUACCACAGCAUGCGCUUCGAGAUGGACCUCCCCCAGGAAGCCCACGAAGCCAAAGCCCAGCAGAACGGGGGGGUGCAACCGCUGGCCGCUUGCGACGAGAGUGACGGCUGCUACAUCCAGGGUCCCCGGUCCGCAGCAGGAGGCGCCGUGGAGCUCUCGGUCCUGACCUCCGAGGACCACGCCAAGGAGGAGCGGGCCCGGGUGAGCCGCUCGGAGGGCCAGCUGCAGGCCAAGAAGCGCGUCAUCCGCAUGCUCGUCGUGAUCGUGGUCCUGUUCUUCGUCUGCUGGCUGCCCCUCUACGUGGCCAACACGUGGCGGGCCUUCUCCCCCGACGACGCCCACCGGGCCCUCUCGGGCACCCCCAUCUCCUUCAUCCACCUCCUCUCGUACACCUCGGCCUGCGUCAACCCCUUCACCUACUGCUUCAUGAACAAGCGCUUCCGCAAAGCCCUGGCCGCCACUUGCGCCCGCUGCGUGGCCCCCUGCCGCCACCCGCCCCGCCCCCCGGACGACGAGGUCACGGCCACGGGGGCCUCCCUCUCCAAGUUCAGCUACACCACCGUGAGCAGCAUCGGGGGGCCCUGACCCCCCCCACGACCCACCU